GAGUUACCCCCCUUUGAUUGCUUCCCUCUACGAGACAUGUUCUGGAUGUUAACAUCAAAUGGACUAUCCACCUCAAGAGGAAACGUGGAACUACACGUGUUAUUGAAUGUCACAGGUAUAUAUAAAGGUCCACCAUUUUCUUGAUGUCGCGGCUACAAGAUUUUUCUCAGUGGAAAGAGUUGCUGGAAGUGACAUUCAAACGUAAACAUGUGAAGAAAUGGAGAGAGAUGACUUUGGACAUCCUGGUGGUAGACUCCGGCUUCAAACCGGGAUUACUGUGGGAUUAUGGGAAACUGAAUAUAGAGAGCAUGGAACAGUUACUCCAAAAUGCAAAACAAAAAUUCCUCCUUAAAAACACACUUUGUGUUGUUACUAUAGAGAUGGACUACAUGAUUCUUAAUUUGGAUUCAUUAAGGGGAGAUCACUCUGUGUCAUGUUUAGACAACAUGAAGGUAGUGGACGUUUCUUUUGAGUUACAGCAACCAGAAGCGAUGGAUGACAAAUCAAGACUCCAAACAACCUACGAGGAAUACAAACAUAUUAUAGACGAUAGAAAAAAUGGGACUUGUUUGCUACAAAAUAUAUUUAAUCCAUCGUCUUUGUUCGGACUUCUCCUAGGCUUUCCUGUGAUCUACUGGUAUUCUAUGGAGGAUGAAGCAUCAGGGAACUGUCUCUCUUGUCAGCCUCUCACCGUCUACAGAGUUGUUGGCUGUUGCCAUGACAAUCUGAGGGAACAGCUCAAAAUGACCUCCCAUGUGGUGUACUCAUUCAGUGUUCCGGUGUGUGUGUCAGGUACUUAUUCCCAGUACAUCACCCACUGGUUCCAGAGGCUGGUGGAGACUGGGAGGUGGUCGCAGUGGUUCGAUGACAUCAGACUGGAGGUAGACACGGUGACACAGCCAAGUGUAUGUCUCUGAGGGAAAGGGUAGCCAAGUGGUUAAAGUGUCCGCUCGUUACGCCAAAGACCCAGAUUCGAUUCCAAACAAGCGGCUUAAAAGCAUACUCACUCACUCACUCAC